AUCCCCUUCCUGUUGUUUUGCUCUCGGCAGUACUAAUACAGUACAGUAUGGUUUAGAAACUCUGUUUUACUAUCAUAGGUAGAACAUAUCUUUGUUACUAUCCUCCGACACCCAUUAUAGUUCGCACAAAGGUUGGUGCGCCAGUAGGCAGGCAAUAGUUGUUGUACCCGUUCAAGUAAGCAAGUCAACAGUCAGAGACCGCAUACUUACUGUAUGUAGCCUGAUCUUUGCAGACGCUGCGUGUACAAUUGCUACAACUACCUCAUUUUACAGGCAACCUGCACUGUAUCUGCGAGCUGUUGGCUAGAGCAUACAUGCCAAGACGAGAACCAAUUGAAACUGAAAGUCAGCAUCCUUUCAAUUGCAUAAGCGAUCAUAACACCCGUCAUGGAGCUGUCUCACACCAUGGAAACAGAGGAGCUGAUGACCUGCCUCCAGAUCCAGCUCUACCACCCCCAGCAGGCCUCUAAGGCUCUUUACCGCCUGCUGCCCCUGGACGCCAGGCACAAGCACCCAGCCGAGGACCCUCUGAGGCUGGGCCGGGACGCCCACGGCUGCACCUUUGCCCUGGCCGACCCACGGGUCUCCCGCAAGCAGCUGGCCUUGCAGGCCUACCUCACCGCCAACAGCCCCGACAUGCUGUUCUCUGUGCAGAACCUGAGCCAGAAGGGACACGUGACGGUCAACGGGUCGGAGUUGGGGUACCUGGAGAGGGCAGAGCUGCCGAAUAAGGCCCUGGUCCGGUUCGGGGAGUAUGAGGUGCUGAUACGUCGUGAGAAUGGAGAGGCAAAGGGGAGCUUCGAGGUGGAGUUUGGGGUGCUGGCAGUGCCCCCUUCCAGAGAGGUGGGCAUGCCAAGUAUGGUUCCCGUCAUGGAUACAGGCUCAGACCAUUCAACCAAUGGCAUCCCACCACUCAUGAGCCAUGGGCCGAUAGAGAUGGAUGAGACAAUCAUGUACCAAUCRUGCAGUAUGUUUCUCUCAUAGACAAUGAUUUUCUCUUUACCUAGUAGCAGUUGUCUUUAAAACCUGUUAGUGAUCCCUUCGCGCGCCAAUCMCUUUAGCGGGAUCGAUUUGACAACAUCCAGUGAAAUUGCAGAGCGUCAAAUUCAAACUACAGAAAUGUCAAGAUUCAAAAUUCAUGAAAAUAUACGUGUAAUACAUCAAAAUAAAGCUUAACUUCUUGUUAAUCAGAUUUUGAAAAGGCUUUACGGCGAAAGCAGACCAUGU